UUUGGGGUCAGGCUGUGGGUUUGGGGUCUGGCUGUGGGUCUGGCUGUGGGUUUGGGGUCUGGCUGUGGGUUUGGGUUCAGCCCCAGCCCGCCGUGCUGCUCACGCUCUGUUCCCCCCCCCCAGGACGCAGUUUUGGCUGCCAGAGCCCGGCUGGCCGCUCACCUCCACGACUGCGAGGAGCAGAAACGACGCACGCGGGAGCAGAAGGAGGCGGCCCUGGAGCGGCUGCAGCAGCUGAAGAAUGAGCUGAGCCGGGCCCAGGCCAGAGCCCAGCGCCGCCUGGCUGAGCUCACGGCGCAGAGUGGCGCCGCCCUGAAGGCACUGGGGAAAAUCGUGGCGAAGGCUGAGCGCCUUCUGCGCCUGGCUGAGAUGUGCCGCAGGAUGGAGAGCGAGGAGGAGAAGCUGCUGCCCUUCUACCCGUCCUCGUUGGCAGAAGGAGAGCGGGACGAUGCCGAAAGGCUCCUCAGAGAGGCACCCACUGAGCCCCUGGCACGGACCGCGCAGGAUUACGCGGCGCUGGAGCGCUUCUGGCAGCGCUUCAACAAAGUGAAGCUGGAGGAGCUGGCGGCGGAGCGGCAGAGGGCGGCCCUGACCCGCGGCAACCGGCGGCUGCGGGCGCUGCUGCGGCGCUACCUGGACGGGCUGACGGCGAACCCAGCCGCGCCGAGCGAACCCAGCGCACCGCCGGACGCCGGCAGCGGGAGCUGCGCCCUCGGAACGGGCCUGCAGCGCGGCCGGGGCGCACGGCGAGGCGCCGAGGGUGGCGGCGCGGGGCCGGGGGCUGAAUGUCGCAGCCGGGAGGUGCCAUAA